ACGGUAACGUGGGAUCACUACGAUUAGUUUUUUUUUUUUUUUUGAACUGUUAUAGUAGGUACUUUUAAAAAAAAAAAUUUAUUGUAAUAAUACCUUCCUGUUUUUAACGACUUCUUAUCACUGGGACGCGCCAAAGCCAUAGCACAAGUUAACAUUUAAGAAUUAUAAAAUCUGUAUUCAUUAAUCCUUUCACUUAAAUUAUUCUGUCGGUAUUGUUUUAUUUCGAUUCCCGAAAUCUACACAGAAAAACCUAUAGACGACCAAUGACUAUCACACAUUUCCCCAUUACCAAAUGACAUCCGCCGUCGUAAACGUACACUGUUGAAAAUUUUACCGCCAACGACGUCAAGAAAGUGAACAAAAAUGGAUUUCGAAAUUGGGACUGAACUCCUAAUCCAAUCUCCUGGAAAUAUAUGGACAUUGGCUUUUGUAGAAGAAGAUGAUGGUGAUGAAAUAUUUAUAACAUACAAAGAUGGCAAUGGAGCAAAUGAAUGGAUUAAUAAAGACAGUCAUAGAAUUAAAUCUAAGAAUGAUGAAUCAACAAAAAUUCCAACUCAUUCUGAAAAUAUUUUACCUGACAUAAAAUCAAUAAUUGUUAAUGCUCCAUCCUCUGAAAAAGAAAUAUCAAAAAAAUCUACUACAACUGCACGAUCAUCCAGUAUAUUUAAAGUUAAAUUUAAAAAAGAUGAUUUUUUGACGAAAAAAACCCAAGAUUCUAAAAAUAAAGAACAAAAAAUAAAAGAUACUAAGAAAUCAUCAGAUCGUGAGUCAAAACAAGUUUCAUUGAGUGGCACUCCUAGUAAUGAAAAACAUCCUACCAGCACAUCAUUCAAACAUUCACAGAUUGUAGAGAAUUCAGAAAUGGAAGAUUUACUAGAAAGUAUUCAUUCUUCAAAAACCUCAAAGCCUUUGAUAGAAACUAAUUUAUUGAGAUCUGAAAAUUUUGAAGAACUACUGGAAGAUAUUGAAGCAGAGGCAGAAAUAUGUUCACCAACAAAAUCUAUUUCUCGUAAUGAUAUUAAACAAAAAAAAAAAAAGAAAAAAUCUUAUUUUGGUCAAAAAAGACGGUCUGAAAAAAAAAGAUCAAAAUCAAAAAAAAGUGAUAGUAAAAAAAAAAAAUUAGUAAUUAAAUUAAAUCCAAAUAAUGUUAACAGAAAAGUUAAUACAUUGCCAGAGAACAGCAGCACAUUAAGUUACUCAGAUGAUAAAGAAACAUCACCGCCUUUAAAAAAAACUAAACUAUCUAUUCCCGACAGUACUCUGCAAGAAAAUUCAACACAACAAAGUUGUUCGCCUUUAUUCCAAGAAUUAGCCAACAGUUCUCUACUUCAAAAAAUUAGAAUGGAUGCUUCUAACGAACAAGGAUAUAGGUGUCCAAAGCAAGAAUGUCGAAAACUGUUUCGUAAAGAAAAUUUAUUAAUGAUGCACAUUAAACACUAUCAUGCUGAAUAUACUGAAUUAUUGGUGUCAACACCAAAUGUAACAGAUCUCGCUACAGCAAGAAUCGAAGGUGAAAAUGUUGAUGAAUUAUCUCCAUCAUAUUUUCUUCAUAGAAUAUCUCAAAUAGAAGCUAAAAGAGGCUGUGGAAAUACAUCUUACGAAGCACCUUCGCCAACUGCAAUUCCAUCAUCAUUAAAAUUGACUGAACAAGAAAUCAAUAGUAAUACCUCUCUUAAUUCUGAAAAUUAUAACACAUCAUUUACGUCUAUUGACCAACCAAACAAUACAACUCAACCUUACAAUGCUAAGGAUUCUGGAAUUUCUGGUGUAGUAGAAUCAUUCAGCUCAAUAACAACUGAGACACCAAAUAAACAACAAUAUGCUGAAAUAAAAGAAGCUAUUAGAAAUAUAACAUUAAUUGAUGAUUUUGAAAAUGAAACUAAAGAUAGUUUUGAUAUAAGUAUAGGAGUCUCAGAUCGGCAUUUUAAAAUUAAAAAAAAUAAAUCUGAUAUUGAAACUCUGCCAAAAGAAGAGGUGAUCAAUUGUUCAUGUGCUUCAAAUCAAGAAGAUGGUUUAAUGAUUCAAUGUGAUAUUUGUUUGUGCUGGCAACAUGGAUAUUGUAACAAAAUUGAUUCUGAAGAUCAAGUUCCUGAAAAUUAUCAUUGUAAUAGUUGUUUAAAUCCUUUAAAGAAAAGACGAUCAAAACAAUAUGACUAUUCACACGAUUGGAUCAAAGAAGGAAUAUUAGCCAGUGUCUUGCAGCAUAAAGAUGAGCGACGAAAAAAAGAUGAAGCUAUUUUAAAACAGUCUCAUCAGUUAUGUGCUGAAGUGAUAGAACACAGUAAUUAUUUGCACAGUUUACGAGUUAAAACUACAAUUUAUGGUCAAACCCCUGAUCAUCCUAAACUUUAUUUAUGGUCUGAACAAGGUUCAAACAGAAAUGAAGAACCUAUUCAAGAUAAGCUCGAAGAAUUGCUUUCUGGUCCAAUACCUGAAAAACCUAUCAGCACUUCUGAUUGUAGAAAAAAUUUACUCGAAGAAAUUGAGGAUGGUUUAGACAAUUUAGAAGCCAGAAUCAAUUUAUUUGAAGCAAAAACUAGUGGACUCGAAGAUCAAGUUGGUGGCUGUGUAGAUAAUGAAGCUUUGACAAAUUACGUUAAUUUAUUGUUACGAGAUAUGAAAUCAAUCCAACAUCAUAUGGCAUUUGAAAACAAUAAUAAUAACGAUACCAACAACAAAGAAAAAGAAGAGGAAACUAUUUAAAAAAAACUUGUCAUCUUAAUGGAUUUAGUUAGUCAUACACCACAUUAAUGUUGUUUUUGAAAUUCUAUAUAAAUCCUAUAAGUAUCAUACAUAACAUAUUGUUUAUUGAUACAUUUUUAAAAGGUAACAUAAUUAAUUAUCUGACAAAGGUUCUGAUCUUAAUUUGUGUUCUGUAGUUGUAUUAACACAAUUUCAUAUGUUAAAACGGCUCCAGCAACCUGCAAAGAAAAUUGAAAAUUUUAUUUGUGAUAAACUCAUAAUUUUCCCAGUUUUCUAUACUUUAACUUACCCCCAAGAGAAAGUUUCUUGUAAUUGAAAACAUCUUUAAUCCUGUUAAUGCAACAUAAUCUGAUGUUACUUCUUGUAAAAAUCUUUGUGUCUUAAAAAUAAAAUGAUAAAAUAUUUUAUUUAAAUUAAAGUAUUUUUUUAUUGUAUUAUCUAAAGAAAUAAUGUAAUAUAUGUAUGUACAUAAUUUUUUAAUAUUAAAUAUUUUUUAAGUAAACAAUAAAAUAAAUGUUAAUAUUUGGUUAAAUAAUUGACUAUAGUUUUAUGUAUUUAAGCAUUUAUUUAACACUAUCUUUUUAGAGCAGUAGUUCUCAAUUGGGUAACAUGAAAAAUCAACGAACAAAGGAAAAAAUCAUAUUAAUAUCAACGUUUUGAUUUUUUUUUCUGUGUAUUGUAUUGUAUUGUAUUGUAUUUUUUUUUUUCUAGUAAUAGAAUAAUUUUUAAAUAUAAAGCUGAUUGUUUAUUAUUUGAUUCUAGUGGUGAAAGUUGACAUAAAUCAAAAAAGGUUGAGAACUACUGUUUUAGAGUAUGAAAUAUUUUUAUCUUUAAAUACUGUUAUACAAUAUAGAUCUAAAGUAUAAUUGUUUUCUGUAGAUACAAGAAAAUUGUGCAUUAUUAAAAAAUGUAAUUUAAAA